GACUGUGGAGGACUGUACCAUUCCCUCAUCACUGCCCCCACCGAGGAUGGGCGGAGCAACAAGUUAUUCAUACCAAGCGCACUGUACAUUUGGAACAUCCCACCCCAUAUACUUGUGCCGUCAAUGUCGACCCUAGUACAGUCUGUAGCCCCGCCCCCUGCAACUUUCAAUACGUCACGGUCAUCCUUUCUAUAAUCUACUGCCGCCUGUUCUCAGUUUAGGCAUUCAAGCGGUAGAACAGAGCGGGAAGGGCAAGGCGGGAAGCCGAGUGGAGACAUCACCGAAAGGAUAAAGGAAAGAAUAACUGCAGAAAAAAUGAGCAGUAACUGUAUAGCAAGCUUUGGAAAGAAGCUUAUCCGCAGGAGAGUUAUCAGCUUUGACGAUAAGGAAACAAGCUUUGCCCGAUGCCUGACCACAUUGGAUCUAACUGCCCUGGGGGUGGGCAGCACUCUUGGAGCUGGGGUAUAUGUCCUGGCAGGGGAAGUAGCGAAAAAGUCAGCAGGACCUUCCAUUGUCCUCUGUUUCCUAGCCGCAGCCCUGUCUUCUGUGUUGGCUGGUCUGUGCUAUGCAGAGUUUGGAGCAAGGGUGCCUAAAACUGGAUCUGCCUACCUCUACAGCUAUGUUACAGUAGGAGAAAUAUGGGCUUUCACCACUGGAUGGAAUCUCAUCCUCUCUUAUGUCUUAGGUACUGCCAGUGUAGCGCGAGCUUGGAGUUCUACGUUUGAUGAUCUAAUUGGCAGCCAUAUUUCCAACUUCUUCAAGGCAAAUGUAUCUUUUAAAAUUGAGAACGUUCUCGCGGAGUAUCCGGAUUUCUUUGCUGUGAUUCUCAUCAUUUUGUUAACAGCCCUCCUAGCUAUAGGCGUUAGUGAGUCUGCUCUGGUCAAUAAGAUAUUCACUGCAAUCAAUCUCCUGGUCUUGGCUUUUGUCAUUGUAUCCGGUUUUGUGAAGGGAGAUCUUACCAACUGGAAUCUGACUAAAGAACACUAUGAAAAUUUGACGGCACAAUUAACAAAUUCAACAGGAAUUGGAUCCUUUGGCUCGGGGGGCUUCACACCAUUUGGUUUUGGAGGAGUUGCAACUGGAGCUGCUGCCUGUUUCUAUGCAUUUGUUGGUUUUGACUGCAUUGCAACUACAGGGGAAGAAGCAAAGAAUCCCCAGAAGUCCAUCCCUAUCAGUAUCAUAAUUUCCCUUCUUAUAUGCUUUGUGGCAUAUUUUGGUGUAUCUGCUGCACUUACCCUGAUGAUGCCAUAUUUUUUGCUGAAUGAUAAAAGUCCUCUUCCUGAUGCCUUUAAAUAUGUUGGCUGGGAGCCAGCCCGCUACAUCGUGGCCAUUGGCUCCCUCUGUGCUCUCUCAACAAGCUUGCUGGGUUCCAUGUUUCCUAUGCCUCGUGUGAUCUAUGCCAUGGCAGAGGAUGGCCUGCUUUUCAAAUCCCUGGCGAAAGUCAACAAGAGGACAAAGACUCCACUGAUUGCCACCAUUGUGUCUGGAGUUAUCUCAGCUAUCAUGGCAUUCCUUUUUGAGCUGAAUGUGUUAGUAGAGCUGAUGUCAAUUGGUACCUUACUGGCAUAUUCUCUUGUGGCAGCAUGUGUGGCAAUUCUUCGGUACCAGCCAGAUCAGCCGUGCAGUGACACCGAGAUGGAAAGACUCAACGGGGAAGAAUGUGAGAAAGAAGCUGCCACUUCAGAACCCGAAAAGAGUUUUCAGUUGAAACACCUUUUAAAUCUAGAUGGUGAUGAUUCCCCCACCAGAACAUCUGGGCGCAUUGUUUAUGGAAGCGUUUCUGUAAUCUCUGUUGUCUUCAUCUUCCUGUGCUUAGUCCUGGCCCUGAAGAUAGAUGCCAUUUUAGAAGGCAAUGCUGUUUGGAUCAGUCUUUGUGCAGUUCUGGCACUGAUGGCAAUUGGAAUAACAAUCGUAAUCUGGAGGCAACCAGAAAACAAGACCCAUCUAAACUUUAAAGUACCUGCCCUCCCAGUGCUGCCUCUCUUCAAUGUAUUUAUUAAUGUGUAUUUCAUGAUGCAGUUAAAUGUAUGGACCUGGGUACGAUUCCUCAUAUGGAUGGCAAUCGGAUUUCUAAUCUACUUUGUGUAUGGUGUUUGGAACAGUGUGGAGGAAAAGAAUUCCAAAGAAAAGACUUCCAACACAGAAUACAAGGGCCAUUCAUGCAGUGCAUAAGUCCGUACGGCCAGCCUGAGACUAGUAUUGCCUGUGAGAUUCAGUGCCACGUACAGGACUUAAAGUUUAUGUAUAGAAGCCAAGGGCCUGUAGUCUCUGCUGCGGGGUUCCUUUUAGUCUGCAACUUGAUUACUGUACAUAUUAUAUCCUAACCAGCUAGUAUUUUUGGUAAUGAAAUUGUGAUCAGUAGCGUUGCAUAGUAUGCAACAUCAUCAGCAGUACAUGUUCAGUGACACAUUCAUAUGCCAAAAUGAAGUAUUUUUUUUUUCUUAAUUUUAAGAAAGAGAGAACUAGUGGAGAUUAAAUAGGGUUUCGAUAUCUAUUUAUAAUGUAUUCACUCUGUAAAUGUAUCAGUAGCUGAGAUAUUGUUACUGUCUGGGUAGUUUCUCAGUGCUUUUUGUAGUUUUAAACAAUGUAUUUAUUGUUUCCCUCCCCUAGAUUAAUGGCUCACAGGUACCACGGGUAUAAAGAUCUUGCUUCUGCGCAGGGUUACAAUAAACUCCUGGCUCUGCUCUGGUCUGUUACCCCCUGUCCUGCCUAAACGCUCCCAUUUUCUUUCUAGUUUUCUUGAAAGACUGAUGUAUUUAUUGUACUGUACAUAUAUUUUUAUGUAGAUUAUUUUUUCUAUUUUACGUAUGCAGCUGUGUAUAUGUGGGGAGACUGCUUUUGAAGAAUAAAUGGAACAUUUUUGUAUUUCA